UAAAUCUAAAGCAAUAUGACCCAAAGAAAGCUAUUUUUCUGUCUAUAUUGUGCUGUUCUGUGGAAUGUUUUUGAAUUAACGGCAGCAUUAGAAGGAACAUGUCAAGAACGUCAAGAUCCACUACCCACGGGCCGAGAGUGCCGCAAGGCGUGUGUACACAACAGAGAAUGUCGAUCCAGCAAGAAAAAAUGCCAGUGUGACGGAAUCUGUGGCAUGAGCUGUAUUAAAUUAAACCAGGAAUGCAGACCACUGGCCAAUAUCCCACAUGGUCGAGUAGAAAUCAAGCCCAAUAACCGCUUCGGCGCCGUGGCCCAGUAUUUUUGCGAAGAUGGAUACAAGCUGCGCGGGGAUCAGGCGCGGGUGUGUCAAGGAGACGAAACUUGGAGCGGUUCGAUACCCCAAUGUUUUGUUAAUCAUAACGUCGAGAAAGUUGAAUGCUCGUCACCGCCUGAGAUCUAUCAUGCGGUCCAUGACGGUCCACCGGACCAGAAAAAGUUUAAACUUGGAAGAAUGCUACAAUACAAGUGCGAACCUGACUUCACCCUCAACAGUGAUGCGGUUGUGCGGGCGUGGUGUGUAGGUGGAGGUAUCACCGGAUGGGUCGGGCCAAACAUGACCUGCACACGUAAGGAUGCAGGUUGUCCAAGACUAGAAGACAUUCAGAACGGCUGGGUAGAGCAGCAUCCGUCUAAUAGUAUUGGCAGUGUCGCAGUCUAUCACUGUAAACGGGGAUUUUUCCUGGCUGGCAGGGAGAAAAGAAAAUGUCUGAGUGGGGCAAAGUGGGAGGGAGUGCCCCCUAGUUGUGAGGCCGUGACAUGUGGAGCGCCGCCGAAUAUCGAGCAUGCACAACACGAUGGUGAUCCAACCCAGCCAAUGUUCCCGUCUGGUGAGCAGUUACUCUACACGUGUUCCUAUGGUUACUAUGCGGACGGACAACCACGUGCUAUGUGUAGUGGAGAAGGAAAAUGGAUUGGGCUUACUUUGCUUUGCUCACCAAGAAGCUGUGGAUUUCCUGGAGACAUUGACAACGGUUGGCGUACAGGUUACGCCUUCACCUAUCCGAACAAGGUCAACUAUUACUGUCAUGACGGCUUCGAACUUAUAGGUGAUGGAUACCGGACUUGUCAGGCAGACGGCAUGUGGACGGGAAAUAAGCCUUCAUGCGAACCUGUAACAUGUCCGAGUCUCUUUGCUCCAGUAUACGGCCAUAUGUACGGAGAUGGGACGGGCUAUGGAACGGUCAUUAGAUUUGAAUGCGAUGAUGGAUACAAGAACGUUGGGUCAACCGAAAGACGUUGCCAAGCCGACCGAACAUGGAGCGGACAUUCAGCGAAAUGUGAAGGUUACAAAGAGAUAAACUGUGGGUGGCCUGGACCUUUUUACAACGGCUAUCUGAUAGGGCACAAGACCACUGUCGGUUCAACUAUCUUCUUUAGUUGCAACACACGUACAUCGUUUGAGGGGGACACUUUUCAGACCCAGUGUUUGGACACUGGCGAAUGGUCCAACAAACCACCAAUAUGCUGGGGCCAGUGUCAAGUUCCAGCCAUACCCAAUGCUACUUUAGUUGGUGGACGUGAGUUAGCCUACGUGAACCACGGCACGGAAGUACAGUUUCAGUGUAAAGGUGGACUUGUGCCACGUGAUUCGUCAAGCAUGAAAUGUAAUAAUGGAACAUGGUCCAGUUCUGCCGAAUGUAUGCCGGCACCAUGCCCCUCUGCUCCUCCGCACGUGCACAAUGGAAUGCGUAUCUACAUGGGGAAGGAGCACGGGUUCAGAGCUAAGUACAAAUGUUUUGCUGGUUUCCGUCUUACGGGCAUGAAUGGAACAUACCUGACCUGUGAGUUUGGGGACUGGAAUGGUGGAAGACCACACUGUGAGGAGUUCUAUUGUCCAAACCCUGGAACCAUUGCUCACGGACAGGUCUAUAAAAAGAGCUUGAAAAGAAGAUUUGACUUUAAACCGUACAUACGCUCGAUACGGCACGGUGACAGACUGGAAUUCGACUGCGAUAUUGGCUACCGAAUCACUGGUCCAGGUGGCGCUACUUGUGUCAAUGGACAAUGGCAGCCUCCGCUCAGUGGUACAAAAUGUGAGCCAGCAAUUCAUCCGCCGUUCCGAAAGCUGUGGACACCUAUUCCAAAUAUCUAUACAAACAACUGAGAAAAAAGUCAUAAAAUAAUUGCAAACGAUCUCAUCGAUGUAAAAAUAUUAUCAGAAAUCCAUCAUAAACAUACAAUGAUUCUAUGCAAUAUUUGCAUAUAUGCAAAUUAUGGUAUAUGCUUGUUUGCUCUGCUACAACUCAGUUGAAAUGGUUGAAAAUGUUGGCUAUGUUUUUGAUUUUAGUGAAAUUCCUUCUAAUAACAAGUUCAUAAGAUGUCCUUUUGCCUGAAAUUAUAGACAUAUUUUCAAUGUUGUUUUUUUCGGUAUCUGGAAAAAGGAGGAAGGUAAAGUUAGAAACAGAGUUGGAAAAGUUCCGCAUGACAUUGUUCUGAAGGGUCACACUAAAGUAAAACAAUCACUAUGGAACCAGCUUGUGAAAAGUCGAACAUUGAACCCAGAAACUUGACCAUGUCAGAAGUAGUUCAUGAAUUCUCUUCAUUGUUAUUUGACAUAUAUUACACCGUCGGUCUAGCUUGACCUAUCAGUUUAUAACAGAAACUGCAAUUAAGUGCAGAAGACGUCAUACGUUUUGUUUGUCAUAAAGAUAAUUCUUAGAGAACUCAAUUUCUUGAUAUAAUAUUGUUAACAUGUUUAAAAGCUAUAUGUUAAUUCUACAAGUUGAAGUAUGUCCGAAUAGUGUUUAAAUAUAUCAGGUUCUUCAUCAGUUCGACUCUGGAUAGAUGUAGUAAAUUUUUGAAAGUAUAUGUUCCAGUUUGUCAAAAUAAUAAUAAAUAUAAGCAGACGAUUAAAAUAACUGUCAGUUUUUUCUGGUUACAUUUUAAUGAACUAAACGUUCUUCUUAGCUGGGCGUCAGUUUUCAGUGACUUUAAUAAACUAUCUUAAGUUCAAAAUUUAUACUGACACACCUGACCAGUAAAAUUUAUAUUUCUCUUAAUUUUGUAAAAGGUUGUAUUGUUCUUGAUGCUAUUGUCAUUGUGUUUAACAGAACCCUUUUAUUGUCUGAAUAUCAAAUUACUAGUGCUGGUACUGGUGUACUUGUGUCAGAUGCCCGAUUCGCUAUAUCCGCCAUUAAAAAUAAUCCAGUAACACCUGAAUUAUAUUUCCUAAAAUAUUUGUUUAAAGGAUUAUGUGCCGGACACUUGGAAUUAAAAUUUUAAAGAGGUAAAAAUGUGGGUAGGGUAUGCUUUCGCAAGAUGUUUACUUUUGCUUUUGCUCUGCGGUACUGCGGCACUGUACUAAUCUACUUGGACAAAGCCUGUAAAUGUACAAUGAUUUUCACUUAUAUUUUGAAUAUUGCUGUUGUGCUACAACUCUGUUGUGCUACAACUCUGUUGUAUUAGUUUUAUGUUAUGUAAAUUUAACAUUUUUGAAUGACUUGUAAGAAAAAUGAAAUAAAUAAAAUUAAUUUUAUGUAAUGUU